AUAAAACCUCAAGUGUUUGUAACCGUUCAACAUAAACAUUCUAACCGUCCUUUUGAUUCCAUGAACAUCUGGCUAGAAGAGGUCGAAGCAGACGGCUUCGUUGUUUGCUUGAGAGAGUUUAUGAGUUUCGACGGUAUCCAUACCGGACUUAAAGUGGUGAGUUUUAAAAAAUUAGCCCAGUCUUCGACUAUUACGUUUUUCUUCGUCCUUACUUGUUAUCAAUUAAAUUUAAAAUUAAAUCUGAUUGUAUGGAAGCUAAUUAAAAACCUGGUGGUUAGUUUGGCCUCCUCUUUUAAAUUACGUAAAAAUUAUAUUAGAAGAAUUAUUGUUAUACCUAACCCAUAAAUGUUUUAAAACCGUAAAAGUCUGAAUUUUGCUUUGCAAAGACAGCCUGACGAAAGGGGUGGAGGGGUGGACUGGAAGUGAAAAAGGGGAGAGGGAGGCGCUGAUCAGGGAGAGGGGUUCUUUCAAAGAACGGCUUUUCAGCCUUAACAAAAUAUCGCCCCUGCUGCGCAUGUGCAACAGGCGUUUUGAAAAGAAAGAAAGUUUUCUUGAAGUCGCGCACAUAUAAACUAUCCUCGUCAUUUCGCUAAUACAUUCUGAGAUGAAACUUUAGGGUUCACUUAAGGGCUCACUUCAGCCCGGUGCCGUUGGCUUUGAGGCCUCCUAACACUCUAAUGUUGAAUAAAAUUAAAACCGUUCAAGCUAGGACCAUCAAACUUGGCGACUCUUGCUGAUUUUUUCUAGAUUUACUACUAAUGAAUUGUUAUAUCACACUUCAUUUAGCAUUAUUUACGUAGCUGUUAAAAUGGUCAAGGCUUUUUAGUGACUAGUUUGGAAAAAUUAGUUGAAUUUAAAAUUGGCCAACUGGCAGGAAUAAAUAGAAUUAAAUAAAUUUAAAUAAUUCAAAAUGGCACUCCUAAAAGGCAUAUGGUCUCAGUAACAAAUGACGUCAUCAUGUUGUCACUUCCAUUGUUAAAGAUUAUCAAAGUGUCAACCAUCGUCAUGAUUUUUAAGUAAUUUAAUUAUUUUUGCUUCAUGACUACGGGAACAAUUGAUAAGCUAUGGGUUCAGACAAUAAAUGCAACAAGGUGACAUUAGUUACGUCAAAUUACGUUACUGUUUCAAUCACUUUACACCUACUUGUUGGAAUGAUGAUUACACUAUUUUGUGUAAACUUAGUUGCUGUAUUAUGAGUGGUUAUAAACUUCUCGAAGGGGCCUUCCUCCUCCAAUUCCCAGGGAGCCCAAAAACGCCCGGUCAGAAUAGUGUUAAAUAUAGGUCAUGGUAUGUUGCUUCUUUCUUAGACUGCAGAUACGAAUUUUUCUCAGGGUUCUCACCGUCAGUUUAAGUUUUCUUAAAAACCAUAAGGAAAGACGUUUAAUGCUGUGACUGUUACUUGCGUCCACCUUUUCAGAACUGGCUUGCUUAUGAUUUGCUACCUGAGGCUUGGAAUUUUACUGAGCAUGGAAGGCUUCAUUUUUCUGGACUUGGUGCACCAAAGAAAGAGAACAACUAUGCUUUUUGUCAGGUUGGAAAAUGUGACGUUUAUUAGUGAUAUAUUCAAUUUUUAUUAACUUAACUUACAAACUCAAGCCUUUAAACCAACGUUGUUAACAAUCAACGUUUGUGUUGUGUAUUUCUCAUUUCUUUGAGGGACACUGUGGCAUCGGCGUAUUGUGCAUUUUUGAAAUAAGGGUUUAAGUCCAACAAGAGAUACAACCUUCUUGAUCAUCAAUAAUUAAUUAAAAAAACCUCAUGGGUUGUUCACAAGAGUUGUGAUUUAGAUUUGUUUACCGCUACGUUUUAAGGAGGUGCAUCCUAGAUAUAGCUAUAGACCUAGAGUUUGCUUAAUCAGUUCCUUAAUGAACUGGGACAAUAUCACUUUCUUCAAAACUUUAAACAGACAGAGGGAAAAUUAUUGUGUUUGUGAAUAAUAAUUUAUAGGAUUAUAAGUUUUAGAAUCCAUUCUACGAGCCGCCCAAUAUUAUGGCGUCUGCCAGCCAUGAAAAUGGCACCAGGGAACUGUCAAUGAAGGCGGGAUGGUCGCUAUAGCAACGCUUUGACUGUCUGGAUUGAGGUGAGUAGCAUUGAAGAGACCUAAUAAGUUGAAACUGUUUCAAAUAUUUGCUGAUUAAAAUAGUUGCCUUCGCUAAAGAGUAAAGCACUUAUAACUAAUAAAAGAAGAAGUUCGAAGUGGCACUUAACACUUGACUGCAAAUUCACGCAAUAACUUGAAUCAUCAAAUGAAACUAACUUUCUCGGAAUGUAUUGUUAUUUUCAUGUAAUCCGAUUGGUCAACAUUGUCUAGGUAGCCUCAGUUAUAGUGGCCGCGCACUGUAACAGACAGCAGCCUCCAUUUUAUGACCGUGGAAACUGUACGUCCGAUUAAACCAAAGUUGCGCUUGUCCUUAUUGUCUUAACUGGAUCCCUCUGUCUGAAAGCUAACAAGUCAAUACAAACUUUUUAUUUAUUGGUAUAUUUGAUGUUAUUUUCCAGGAGAUCACUCGUUUGUCUUUCAAAGUGUGCAUCAAAGACAGUCAGGGAAUGAGCAAGUCUCACGAUCCAGUUACAGUGGACUAUGCAAUAGUGGGAGGUACAUUACUCUUAUAUUUGCUUAUUCUUUAAUUUCAAAGAUUUGUCUCUCAUACCGGUUCGUCCUACUAUCAAGGCAUUUGGACGUUGGGUCAAACGUCGAAUUGAAGAAAUGAAUUCGAAUGAGAAUAAAGUCAGGCAAUUGGCACUGUGAAAAAACUAUGAUCAAAUGACGAAGAAAGAAGUUAUAAAAAAAUGCCGUUUAAAUAUUAAGGACAACAUCGUAUUGAUCGUCUUAUUAUCUGGGUGAGUAACUGCAGCAGUGUACUUCUUUUUCAAGCGUUUUUGUAGAAAAAGUAACUUCCCCUUUCCUAUCCUUUUUUGCCAUAAAUUUUCUCCACAGGAAAAACAAAGCAAAAUUUAAAAAUAUCAAAAAGCAGUUGCGCUCUCAAAGGAUGUAGGACGUCAGGUCAAUUUGCUAUUCAUACAAGUGCUGAUUUUGUUGUUGUUUUUCGCCCUAAAGAUAUAGACCCUUGCACAAACGUUACUUGCGAUUACCAUGCCAUCUGCAAAGCUUUCUCUGCAUUUGAUGCUCGUUGUGUUUGUGAUGACAACUGCCCGUCGUACGAGGAGCCAGUGUGUUCAUCCAACUCGACAACAUUUAAGAACAAGUGCUUUUGUCUGCUGGACAUUUGCAGGCGCAAGAGUAACCACACUCUCUAUCAUCCCGGUAGCUGCACAGGUAAGAGAGCGGAUUAUAUGGUUUUUUUUAAAACCACCUUAACCAGCACAUACAGAACUCUAGUGUUAUGAGAUAUGGUGCCGCUGAUGACUUACGACAUCACUCAAUUUGGCGGCCAUCUUGGGUGCCAUCUUGGAAUCACCGUUUUAAGCACAUGGCAUUUUCUGUGAAGCUGUAGGUCCAAAAUAAAUCAUGAUUAAAUACUAUUUUGCUUAUUUUGGUACUGUUUUGAACGCAACAAAGUGCCAAUAAUAUAGUGCCACGAUAUGAUUGUGUGAUUCUACAAUCAGCUUUUGAUUUAAUUCCACGCAUAUAAAAAGGAUUUUAUACGUUUUUUUUCUCAACCUCAUCAGGUAUUUGUAGAAUGCAUCUUUAUUUGUCUUUAUGUUAACUUUGUUGCUGUUGUUGUUUGUUUGUUUGUUUGUUUUCUCUUAUCGCUUUCAGCUCUAAUUAUCUUCGUUUUUCUUCUAUGUUAUAUUUUCUUUUUCUUGUUGUUCCUCGACAGGUUUUCCUGUUCAGACUGGGCGAGUUUCACUGAGGAGACAUGUACAAUGGGCAGAGACGGCCUGUGAAGUAGUGAAAUUUUCACCGUUUUCAUUCUAUCCCGACAAAGAAGUGCACGUACAAAUAACGACCAAUCACUGGAACAUUAGCGAGAAAAAUUUUGUACAUGAUGCUACUGUGUCCUGGGUGGAAACUGUUAACUUCGAGAAUUUUGAGGUGAAUAUUUCAAAAGGAAGUUUUCAAUUCAAGUACAUGUAUUAUUUCAACUAGUAAUUAGUGACCUUCUGCUCAUUUGUCUUACAUCUCCAAGAACUCUUGUUUACCUGUCAUAUUUCUGGUCAGUAAAAUACUAUUUGAACACAUUUUAUUUUCACAACGAGUUACUAGCGGAGAUUUCGCGUCUUGCGCGCGCUGAGGAACACUAUGGGUAAGAAAAUUUGGUUAUCUAUGCAUCCAAGAAAUUUUGGUUACUAACAAAAUCGUGCAUACGUACGUAGGACCGCGUCUUCAUGUUAACGGAUGUGAAAUGUCUUACUAGCUGUAAGUCCAAAACAUAUACAAAUUGUGUUUAACUCGAUUUUGGCCAUCCAUGUUAUAACCAAUCGACAGCCGUCAAAGUAGGGCAUCCGAAGACCAGUGUCACAUGACUUUAUCGCUGGCUCAGGUGUGCUACUUAUUGAGGUGACGGUUUUUUUUUAAGUUCUCCGCUGACCAGUUAUAGAAUUCAAGAGAUCACAGGCUUAGAAAACUUUACUUCAUGAAGUAAGUUACCACGAGAGCUUCGCUUUUGGCCUUGGCUAAAUCUAUUUAGUAUAUACUUAAACAGUGGAUAGUGUUUUUCACGCGCUCUGAUUGGCUACUCAAUCAGUGAAUAUCCAGUGCUAUUCACUGAUUCACCUCCAGUUCCUCCUAGCGAGCGACUCCAAACUCGCAAAAGUUUCGAGCGAAAUAGCUUCCCGGUUUGCUACCAUAACAAGUAAAGAAAUUUCUCAAAUAGUCAAACAAGUUGUUCCUGAAAUACACGAAGAAGGUGAAAAAUUCGGUUUGGAAGUUUUAACAGGUAAAGCUUUGUCUGUUUGACUUGACUUUAUCGAUGAAACCGGUAAAAAAGCCUCUUGUUCACAUAUGCAAAGUAACUCUUGCGUUACUUUAUUUAGCCGAUAUGUUCACAAAUAAGUUUUCACAGAAUGGUUUUAAUACAAAAAGAAUUCACAACUCAUUUUGAAGAAAUUUCCCCGGAAAAGCUAAACAAAUGCCUUCAAGAGUUUUAUUUGUCGGCAACAAAACGCGACGGCCGCCGGUACGGUCAUUACGCGCCAAAAUUAUAAUCGUUGACAACAGUAAAUGAGUUAAAAAUCAUCAUUUUUGUGCUCAAUUAUCUCACUGUUUGAGUAUUGACUAAAACAAUUAUCCACCUUAGUGUCGGCAGCUAGUGGUGGCGAUUUACCUGCCGCUUCGCGGCUAGGCAAUUGACCACAACUGCCAACCUCCACUUCAGUGAAUAAUUGUUAUAUAUUAUCUUACCAGAUAAAAUAAACAUUAACCACUACAUUUAAUAUUUAGGUGUGCGUGACUGCAGCAGGAAGAAAUGAUCGCUUUAUCAAAGAAUUUGCCACGGUGGACUGGAUGGCCUACCAAGGUGCUCCUGAUGGAGGUGUGGCGGGUAAAACGCCCAUUCCAGAAUGGUGGACUGGAUCACAGUGCUCAAAAGUCAGCCUUCCUCAGGCAAUAACACUUUAUUGUUACCUCUCAGAUGCAUCUUGUUCCGUUCCAUAAACCAGAAAAAAUAAUGACCUUUAGUUAAGUUUUUCAGUAAGAUAAACAUUUGCUAUGCUGAUGUUAUAAGUACCAAACACUCCAGUUGUUAUCCAAUCAAAGAUAUCGUACUUGGACUUGGAGACAUGAGCUGCAAAGAGGCAGCCCUGUUCUGUCCGCGGAAUUCCUUCCGACACAUGGGCCAUUUUUAUACUAUUUUUUUAAAUCAGUUUUUCACUAUUUGUCAGAAGGGGGAGAUAUUCUUAAAAAAAGUAUCACUUAAUACAAAAAAUUGGCGAAAGAAACUUGUACGGUCAAGGGCUAAAUUGGACACUCGCGUUCAGACACCUAACAACGAUCUUAUGUCUUAAAGAGCGUCCCGAUCAUGUGAAAGAUUGUUUAUUCCAAAUUUAAUUUUACAUGCUAUUCUCCCAAUCAUCUUUGCUCUGCAUACUUAAUAAUUACCAAUUCAACUUUCUUACUGUUAUGACCGUUUUUUUUUUAACAGGGAAAAUUUGCGUCUUCACCAACAGUCCUGGUUACAGCAGAACAUAUGAGUGCAGACUUUAAGCACGAUGCCGCAAGUUUGUGGGUGGAAAACGCAACCAGUUCCUCCUUUUACAUUUGUCUUCGAGAACUACAGAAUUAUGAUGGUCUACAUGAAGAUAUCUUUGUGGUAUAUGUUUUCUCCUUUAUAAAUAUAUCUGUCUGGAGUUUGCUAAAACGUGGCUAAAAAAAAUUUCAAGUGCAUUUUAGCAAUUGGAUAUCUAAGUCGAAUGGAAAGCAGUUAAAAGUUACUAGCUGACAACUUUAUUGCUGGCAACAGACGGUAAAUCCCUCUCUCAGAAGUAAGAGGAUUUUGCGAUAAAAUAAACAACAUUUGAAACGUCCAGACAUUAUAUAUAACCUUUUAGUCAGCCAAACCUUGAGGCCCCUAGCGAAGUGUCUGCCGAAAACAGAUUAAGAGGCCACAAUCUUUGAGCACAGAAUAGGCCUUCUAAGCCAAAAUCAUCUAAACUAACUCUCACAAAGCGUUUUUAUGCUUGGCAUGAAGUAAUCUGUUAACACGAGUUCAACUACAUACCUGAGUUUUGUCUGUCAACACCUUCGGUAAAUCACACAAUAAAAUCACUUUCGAUGCGAUCACAACACUUCCAAAAACCACUCAUAAUAUUUCCACAUUUAACACGGGCGAAACAUCGUCAAUUACUUGGAGCAAAAACAGCCCGGUCUGAAUAGGUUCAACGAUAAAAUACGUGAAAUGAGAUCUCACAAGUAUUGUGGAUACAACUUACAAAUCGUUUUUCGGGAACAUAGCUUAAUUAUUUCUACACGGGAUUUACGUAUGAGAUAGCAAUCCACUUUUGAUUGGUAUCCCUCUCUUUAGAGUUGGAUGGCCUUUGAAAAAAUACACAGGCCCGUUUUCGCUGAGAGCAAACACGUGGAAUUUCCAAACAACAAUUCCGUUUCUACAAGCUACAAUGGUGCGUUUUGCAAGGUAAGAAGCACUUUACUUUUAAGUAGAAGAAGGCUCUGUAACUAUUUAGAUAUUACAGCAGAGAAAAACAGCUAUCAACCCCCCCCCCCCCCCCCCCAGGGGCACUCCCUUAUAUAAGCUAUUUAAGUAUGUGCCGCUCCAUCGGGUAGGGUUUUUGCGCCGUUUUGGUCUGACAACGGGUAUACACUUUGCCCAUUUUGGUCUGGAAUGAGGCCGUGAAAGGAACUUCUUUUUUGACGGUUUAUCAAAGCCGUCGGAAAAAAUUCUUCAACAAAGAAGUGUUUUGGCACUCAAAAAUUACCUGUUCCCUCGAGUCGGCGCAGAUAAAUUCCAGCCACCAAUUAUAUGACCAUGCAUUGAUGAAAAUGGAUGGUGUUUCAAAGUUUAUAUCAACAGCCUUCUUUUUAUGUCCUUAGGACGUCCCAUUUGCAAAGAAUUACGACAAAGAACCCAUAGUAUUAAUAGCAGCCGGUCACAACUCAGAAGGCAACAAUUUGAAGCCAAUAUACAUGUCCGUGACCCCAUGGAUUGAGGUAUUCUCAAAUUAUUUAACUAAUAUACAACACACUUUAAUCAAAAUAAGUAACAUCAAGCUGACGACCCUGUAGGAAAUCUGCAAAUGAGCUAAAUUACAUCAAGGUCUGUUCGUGCAAUCUGUUUAUCAGUGACAGUCGCGUUGCGAAACAUUCCAUCUAUUUGUCCAUCUGUUAUUUAAGGUCAGUUUCCCAAGUUCUUUCUUUUUUUUUUAGAUACGAAAACGACUCUGAGCUAUUACUGUUCUUGUAAGCGAAAUAUCUGACGCUAAAUGAUUUGCUUAUUAUUUUACAGCACAUCAAGACCAGCGAAUUUCGCGUUUGUCUCAAGGAGUUGUUCGCUGACCAGCAUGAUCCUGUGAAUGUGUCCUAUACAGUACUAGCAGGUUUGUUAGUAAAUGAUGAAAACAAAUUUUCUUUGCGAAGGCCUUCUCAUGCCCAGCAAACUUUGGUAGAUGUCAACUGAAGUAAACUUAGAGACUCCCUGUUUCAUAUCUCCUUUAAGUAAUCACCAGUAAAUGUAUUUUCUCAGUUCCUACUUACCACAAGUAACGGUUUCUCUUUCCAUAUAUACUUCUCGGCCAGCUCGAAGUUUUCAUGGAACAAACCAAACUCUAAUUCGAGUCGACCUAACUUGAGUUAAGAUCUUCUGCUGGGUCAGACGUCGAUCUUUAUAGGACGGGUCGAACCAAUCAACUGAGUCUGAUCAGUAAUAAAAUUAUUUUCUCCCGAACGAUUUUAUAUACAUUAUCGAAAUUUUUUUAAAAUUUAUUAGUUUAGUUCGUUACAUGUGAAGAUCGACGUUUGUCCCGGAGACGAUCUUCGGACCCUCUGCCCGUCUGAACGUUUUGGACGAUACAAACUCAUUCAGACGAACUUAACUAAGCCGGACGUCGCUAAGAACAUUUCAUGAACUUAACUCACUAAGUUUGGUUCGUCUCAUGAAAAGUACGACGUUUGGCCUAGGUCUUUUUUUUCUUUGUUACGUACUAUUUAGUUCACACGAAAUGUUUUGUAUAUUGCAGAUGUAUGUAAACCGGGCUGGUCAUAUUUUAAUGGUAUUUGUUACUCGACAAGCCAUUCGUGCAAAAAUUGGACUGAAGCUGAGAAAACCUGCCAGGCAUAUAGCGGGAACCUCAUCACUGUGCGGAAUCAAGAAGAAAACGUCUAUAUUCAGCAUCGGCUGAAUGGUGCCAAGGGCUGGAUUGGGCUAAACGAUAGGGUAAUUGAGGGUACUUUCGACUGGGCAGAUAAUCAAACCAGUAACUUUUCAUAUUGGGCGAAGAACCAACCAAACAACGUCAACAAUGAAGAUUGCGUUCAUACUUUGGGAGUCAGACAUAGUUUUAUGUGGAAUGAUGUAAGCUGUGGUACUUGCCAUAACUAUACCUGUUCAGAAGGUUUGUGGGUGACUUACCUCUUUUAUAUACCAACAGGCGUUACCAUUAUUAUUAUCAUUAUUAUUAUUAUAUUAUUCAUUAGCUCCUAUUCAAAAGCAAUUUACUUCCUAUUUGCCCCAAGCCUGUUUCAAAAAGAGAUUAUAAAAAUACUUUCUCAUCAAAGGGUUUGCUCUUGACCUAAUUUUGCAAGUGUGGGUUUUUACAAAUCGAAAAUGGACCUCGAUAACCAAUAGGCCAUUUGCACGAUGACGUCAUUUUUUUACUACCACUACCAGAAUCCUUCAGGGUAUUGCUUUCUUAUGCAAAUUACAGCUUUUGUUAUUUAAACCUCAGUGGGAUUAGCAAAUUUAAAUAUGAAAGAAAAAACGAAAAGAAUUCUGGUCCUAGUAGUGAAAAGGCGUCAUCGUGCAAAUGGCCCAUUUCUCUGGCUUCUUAGCUGACAAAAAGUUUGAGUUUACUGUAAAUCUGUUUGUUGCAGAAAUAGUAUUAAUUAAAGGAUUAGUCUACAAAGAAAAAUAGGCACUACCUGUGCGAAAAAGAAAAUUAGGCAUCACAAGAAGGAUCCAUAAGCUGGCGCUUUUAGCAUUGUAUUACCCCCUCAUACACAACAGAUUUCGUGCUGAGUGACUCAUAUGAGCAACGAUUUUAAAUUUUUAUUCUUUUGUUAAGAAAGUUGAUUGAUAAUCGAUCGUUUCAUUAUUUGUUUUGCAGGUUGAUUGACUGAACGAUUGUUUUAUAUUCGUUUUUAAAAUUAGAUUUUGAUGAAUGUGGAGGAAACUAUAACCAUUGUCAUCAGAACGCCAUCUGCACAAACACUAUUGGCUCCUAUAGCUGCCGGUGCUCCGUAGGAUAUACUGGUGAUGGCUUGCUUUGCAGAGGUAUUAUGUUCGAAGCCCCAAGUUGUAGUUUUUCGUAUAAUUCAUGAAGCAUAAUUAUCAAAGGAAACUCAUCCAAUGGUAAACAGACAUCUCUUGUGAGUUUAAGGCUAGCUAGAAUAAGGUAGAAUAAGCCUGCUUUCACCGUAAAAUUGCGUAAAAAUUUUUUUUUCAAAGAACUCUUUAGAGGGGUUUUAAAUAAUGAGCAGCGUAUAAUAGUAGUGAAAUAAGCGUUUAAAUAUAGGCUGGAAAAAAUUAGGAGGGAAGUCUUCACAGCGACUUUUUUUUUCAAUUUCAGAGAUGAUAAAAUUUGCACAUUAUUUCCCAAUCUCUAUGAAUAACAGCAAUGAAGUUUUUUAAUUAUCCUUAUUUUAUAGUUCAUAGGUAUACAGACCAUACUAUAACCUUAAAUACAGCCCAAAAAGAGAACUAAAGUUCAUANUGUUUUGGCACUCAAAAAUUACCUGUUCCCUCGAGUCGGCGCAGAUAAAUUCCAGCCACCAAUUAUAUGACCAUGCAUUGAUGAAAAUGGAUGGUGUUUCAAAGUUUAUAUCAACAGCCUUCUUUUUAUGUCCUUAGGACGUCCCAUUUGCAAAGAAUUACGACAAAGAACCCAUAGUAUUAAUAGCAGCCGGUCACAACUCAGAAGGCAACAAUUUGAAGCCAAUAUACAUGUCCGUGACCCCAUGGAUUGAGGUAUUCUCAAAUUAUUUAACUAAUAUACAACACACUUUAAUCAAAAUAAGUAACAUCAAGCUGACGACCCUGUAGGAAAUCUGCAAAUGAGCUAAAUUACAUCAAGGUCUGUUCGUGCAAUCUGUUUAUCAGUGACAGUCGCGUUGCGAAACAUUCCAUCUAUUUGUCCAUCUGUUAUUUAAGGUCAGUUUCCCAAGUUCUUUCUUUUUUUUUUAGAUACGAAAACGACUCUGAGCUAUUACUGUUCUUGUAAGCGAAAUAUCUGACGCUAAAUGAUUUGCUUAUUAUUUUACAGCACAUCAAGACCAGCGAAUUUCGCGUUUGUCUCAAGGAGUUGUUCGCUGACCAGCAUGAUCCUGUGAAUGUGUCCUAUACAGUACUAGCAGGUUUGUUAGUAAAUGAUGAAAACAAAUUUUCUUUGCGAAGGCCUUCUCAUGCCCAGCAAACUUUGGUAGAUGUCAACUGAAGUAAACUUAGAGACUCCCUGUUUCAUAUCUCCUUUAAGUAAUCACCAGUAAAUGUAUUUUCUCAGUUCCUACUUACCACAAGUAACGGUUUCUCUUUCCAUAUAUACUUCUCGGCCAGCUCGAAGUUUUCAUGGAACAAACCAAACUCUAAUUCGAGUCGACCUAACUUGAGUUAAGAUCUUCUGCUGGGUCAGACGUCGAUCUUUAUAGGACGGGUCGAACCAAUCAACUGAGUCUGAUCAGUAAUAAAAUUAUUUUCUCCCGAACGAUUUUAUAUACAUUAUCGAAAUUUUUUUAAAAUUUAUUAGUUUAGUUCGUUACAUGUGAAGAUCGACGUUUGUCCCGGAGACGAUCUUCGGACCCUCUGCCCGUCUGAACGUUUUGGACGAUACAAACUCAUUCAGACGAACUUAACUAAGCCGGACGUCGCUAAGAACAUUUCAUGAACUUAACUCACUAAGUUUGGUUCGUCUCAUGAAAAGUACGACGUUUGGCCUAGGUCUUUUUUUUCUUUGUUACGUACUAUUUAGUUCACACGAAAUGUUUUGUAUAUUGCAGAUGUAUGUAAACCGGGCUGGUCAUAUUUUAAUGGUAUUUGUUACUCGACAAGCCAUUCGUGCAAAAAUUGGACUGAAGCUGAGAAAACCUGCCAGGCAUAUAGCGGGAACCUCAUCACUGUGCGGAAUCAAGAAGAAAACGUCUAUAUUCAGCAUCGGCUGAAUGGUGCCAAGGGCUGGAUUGGGCUAAACGAUAGGGUAAUUGAGGGUACUUUCGACUGGGCAGAUAAUCAAACCAGUAACUUUUCAUAUUGGGCGAAGAACCAACCAAACAACGUCAACAAUGAAGAUUGCGUUCAUACUUUGGGAGUCAGACAUAGUUUUAUGUGGAAUGAUGUAAGCUGU